GCAUCUUGGCGGCGGUUGCGGGGCUGGCAGUUCCUGGCAGGACACGUGAGGGAUCCACUUUUCUAGCUGGCCUUGGUGGCUUUCGGCUCAGAGGGACGCCAUGUCCGAGAAAAAGCAGCCGGUGGACCUGGGUCUCCUGGAGGAGGACGACGAGUUCGAGGAGUUCCCCGCCGAAGACUGGGCUGGCCUAGAUGAAGAUGAAGAUGCACAUGUCUGGGAGGAUAAUUGGGAUGAUGACAACGUAGAGGAUGACUUCUCCAAUCAGUUACGAGCUGAGUUAGAGAAACAUGGCUAUAAGAUGGAGACCUCGUAGCAUCCAGGAGAAGUGCCGAAGCAACCUAAACUUGAACUGUUUACUAAUGUCUAGGACUGAACCCAGGACGGGACCCUGUAAAAGUUAAAUGUUUAUUUCAUUAUCUGCUUGGAUUUGUUUUUGCUUUUGUAACAUGAAAAAUAAACAUUUUGAUCUACUCUU